AUUAUCGUUGCUUCACAGAAGGAAGAGCCACACUGCAAUUUCCAGUCCCAGAACUCUUCCCCUCACCCUGAGGUUGAACGCAAAGGAAAAGGAAGAUUGGGGUGGGAGAGGGGACUAUAAGGAGACUUUUAGCCCGGAAGAAGGCUGAGGUCCAGCCGUUAGAGAAGAGUGUUUCAGUCCCAGGGCACAGGAAUUGUUCGGAAGGAGUUCACGAGAAACAGGUUGAAAUAGGGGCAGUUGUAACCAGGAAACUUGGUGAGGCUCCCUUUUAAUUGACCAACAUGGCCUCAGUAAGAGAGGUGUCCAGUUUCACUGAAGAUCUGCUGUGUCCCAUUUGCCUCUCCAUCUUUCGGGACCCCCACAUGCUGGAGUGUGGCCACAGCUUCUGUGCUCCCUGCUUAGAGUCCUGCAUCCCCAAAGGGCAAAGACGGGGGCUCUGCCCCGAGUGCCGGCGUCCCUUUGCUUUACGCCGCAUGACUAUCAACCGAGCCCUCUGCAGCCUGGCAGAGAAGGCCCGGCUUCUGAAGCUGGAUGAAGGUGCUCAGCUGAGCGGCACCGGAGGCUGGUACUUCUGUGAGGAACACGAAGAACCUCUCAAGCUCUUCUGUAGCCAAGAUGAGGAGCCCGUCUGUGUCAUCUGCCGGGACUUGCCUCAGCACCGUGGGCAUGACUUCCUGCCCAUCAAAAAUGCGGUUCAGGCCUAUCAGGACCAACUGAAGGCAUCUCUGGAGCCUCUAGAGCAAGGUCUCCGACGGCUGAAAAGGAGUCGAUGUCACCAGCAGGAGAACAUUAUCGAAUUAAAGACCUGCUCCGAAUCCUUGUCUGAUCACGUCUCUGGAGAGUUUCGGAAGAUGCACCAGCUGCUGAGCGAUAGGGAGCUGGGUAUAAAGCAGGCCUUAGAAAACCGGCGAGAAAAGAACUUGGCUCAGAUGGAAACCAAGCUCAAGGAACUGGACUGGAAGAUGGCCUCAUGUUCAGAAACUCUCUGUCGUGUGCAGGCAGGCCUGGAGUGCAAAGACCACAUUAGUUUCCUCAAGGAGGCAAAAGAGUUGCUGGAGAAGGUCCGUAAGGAGCAAGGAGCCCCAGAUGGAGACGAACUGGAAGGAGAAGAUGGGCUGGUGGCCAGCAGUGAAGACACAGAUGAGUGUGAGAAUGAGGUUGAUGAAGGGCUGAUGAGAGAGGAUGAAGAUGUUGACGAGGAAGAGGAGGAAGAGGAGGAGGAGAAGGAAGAAGAAGAAGAAGAAGAGGAUGAACAAGAGGAAGAACAAGAGACAGCAGCAGUAGAAGAGGAGGAGGAGAGUGAAGAUGGAGUGGUGGCUGUAGACUUGAACCUGGGCGAGUUUAAAGGACCUCUGCAAUUCUAUGCCUGGAAGGAGCUCUUCGGUGCAGUACAUCCAGUCCCUGCAUGCAUCACUUUUGACUGCAACUCAGCUCAUCCCAGCCUGGUCCUUGUGGAAGAAGCCACCGGGGUCAAGUUCAGUCCUGGCCGACGGUUCUGGCGACGAAAGCCAGAGCGCUUCACCUCCAGCCCAUGCGUGGUGGGACGGAAGGGCAUCGCCACGGGGCGGUUCUACUGGGAGAUCCGAGUCGGGGACAGCACUGGUUGGGUGGUGGGGACAGCCAAAAAGUCUGUGAAGCGCAAGAAGCGGCUGAACUUUCUACCCAAGGAAGGCGUGUGGGCCAUUGAGCUGAAGGCUGGAGAGUACCAAGCUCUGAGCGAACCCCGUAUGCCGCUCUCAGUCUGCGGGAGGAUGGAUAAGGUUGGGGUCUACCUGGACUUUGAAGGAGGGCAGCUCUCUUUCUACAACAGCAGCAGCAUGAGCCACCUCUACACUUUCCAAGCAUGCUUCCAGGAAGAGCUGCUUCCCUUUCUCAGCACCCAAAGCAGCCAUCCCCUCUCAGUGUGGGACCUGGAGCUCUGAGAUCCUAGCUCAGGGUGCAGCAUGGCAAAGAAUAGGCUGGUGAAAAUCAGGGACAGGAAGCCGUUUAGAUGUGCUGGGAGGGAUGUUGGGAGAGACAACCCAUUCUAUUCAUUCUUUGUAAGCAAUCGCCCAAAGAUUUGAAACCGGCCUGAUCAGACUAUUAUGGUUCAUGAUGAUUGUUCUUGACACAGAGAGUUCUAUAGUACAGCUUUUAACUUGGCCUCCUAUCUCCCAUAUCUUUAAAUUCCUCGACCCAUAGACAGCAUGCCUCAUUUGCAUGUG